CGAGGUCUAUGUAGUUGACCUUAGGUACUACGUAAUGUUAGAAAUAGUAGCUUCACUAAAUGAAAAUACACACAUACACACACACGCAUCAAUAAACCCACACCAUCUGUUACCCCCAUCCACAAAUACACCCACCUAUGCACAACCCCCAUCCACCAUCUCAAUCCAAGACAUGUCCCCAAUCCCAAUCCCAAUCCCAACAUCAAUCCGCUCAUCACCCCAAUCUUCAAGACCAACCGCACCGGACCGCACUGCACCCCAAAUGACCUCCCUCAUAGUUCAAACUUCCUCCACCCCCAACUCCUGCGCACUCCCACCCUCCCGAAAUGCAAUGCGUCGGAGGCGUUGCAUUGGCUGGAUCUUUACUCUUACUAUGAUGUUAUUGGGUAGAGGUAGCGGACGUCCAAGUUGUUGGGCGUCUUGCUGGCUGGGGAGUUGGCGGCGAGGUUGGAAUCCGGGCUUGGGGAGGAGCAAGCGGGAAGAGGAAGGGGGGGAGUUGGUGGAUUGUGUGAGUCUGGGGUUGUGUCGGUCACGGUUGUUGCGGGAGAAUGAAAAGAGGCGAGGAGAGUGGCGGCCAGGGUGGCGUUGAGGGUGUUGGGAGUGGCGAGUCGGCUUCUCGAAGAUAUUCGGCCGGGGGCGAUGUAGUAUUUGUUGUAGGUUGGUUGCACUUGCAAUGGAGGCAGUAGUCAUGGCCGCUCAUUUUUGUAUUUUUUGUUCUCUUGAAACAGU